GGGCUAAUGAGAAAAAUGACACAAAAUAAGAAACAUUUUAGGUUAAAAUCAGUCUUGUGUUAAAGAAAAUGAUAUGUAUAUAGUGUUUAAAUGAGUUAAAAUGCAUUUUCUAAUUAUCUUGAUUAACAUAUUUUGGGCAUGCCUCACCCUUUUGAUAUGGAAUUGUAGAUUUAUGAUUUUUGUUUUGGACUUUAAAAGCAUAAUUAAUACACAGGAGGUAUGCAGUUAAUUUUUGCACAGAAUGGACUUGUUGGAGACAGUAGGGAAGUCCUUGCAUUUCUACGGCUAUGGUGGUUGUCCUGAUGCAACAAUGCCAGAGAACCCAAACAUUGAUCCUGAGUCAGGAUCCGACGGUUUCUAUAAUGCCAGUGUUACCAUGGCAACCACCAAUAAUAAUAGAAAUAACAACAGGAACCAAGGGGUUCCUAGGGUGUCGUCUGCUGGCAUCAAAUAUUAUGACAUCGCCACACAGCUCCUUGGCAAGGCAGGCUCGGAUCUUGAGGAGCUAUUUAUAGCAGCAGCUAGGGAUGGAAUAUACGAGAAGAUAGAAAAUUUCCUACACAGGAACAGGAGUGACUAUGUAGUUAGUAUUGAUGUGAAAGACAAGAAGACGGGUAACACGCCUCUUAUCUGGGCUGCCAAAAGGGGACAUGCUAAGAUUGUGCAACUGCUGUUAAGACAUGGUGCCGAUAUUACACUACGCAAUUAUGAAGGUCACACUGCUGUAGAGGUUGCCUCACCCUCUAUAAGGUCUAUACUGCUGGAAUCUGUAGAGAGAAGUACGGAGGCAUUCCAUCAGUUAUUGCUGCAAGCAGCGUGGCAGGGUGAUAUCAAAGUGGUCUCUAGGUUACUGAAUCAAAAGAAGGUAUUGGACAUCAACUGUCAGAAUGCGGACGGCUUCACUCCAGUUAUGCUGGCUACUCGUGACAUGCAACUGUUUGAAAAACUAGCGUCACAAAUGUCGAGAAACUAUAACCCUGUAGAAGUCGUGACAGAGCUUCUGUCUGCGAGAGCAGACCUGCAUGCUACUGAUGGAGAUGGUAAAACGUGUGUACAUCAUGCGUCUCAGUCAAAAGCUCAGAUCGCCCAGACAGUUCUUGCCUCCAUUAUCACAGGAGCUCCAGAUCUAGAACAAAAGGAUAAGAGAUGUUUUGCCCCUCUACAUUGUGCCUCCCUGACAGGAAAUUCUGAGUGCCUCAGUACAUUGCUGGAUGGAGGUUCAGAGGUCAACUCUAGGGGGUUUGCAGGGGCUACUGCACUGCAUAUCACAUCCUAUAACAAUCAUGAGAAGGCUACUACAGUGCUGUUAGAACAUGGUGCCAAUGUAACGUUAACAGAUGAUCGAGGAUUAACUCCCUUGGAUUUUGCUAAAACGCGUAAAAUGAGGAAAAAACUUCAAGAGGCAUGGACCGAGGUGAGGAAUUCAAAGUCAACAACCAAUUUGGGACCAAUUAGGGCCCACAGUCGAGAAGAUUUAAGAUCUUCUGUUGAAGACCUGACAAAAAGACGUAAAGGGGAAGUCAUAUUUGAGGGACUGCCAAGUAAUCCUUUUAAUGAUUCAACCAAGAAAGACUCCAUGACUAAAAACAGUGAAAUAAGAAGAUCAAAAAGUUUACGUGAGCUUGGGAGUCUUCGUAUAGAUAUGUUACAUGAUAUAUGGUUUCCCAAAAAUAUGGAUGUAACUUUUCCUAGAUACAAGAAGGAUCCAAAGGGUAUCACAAGGCACUUGAGUCUCAAAGAAAAGUCUAAAGGAGAAGAUGAGUUCUCUCAGCCUCAUUUAAGAGACAGUGUACGAAAGCUGGGACAAGUAAGGAACCAGCAGAAGCCAUCACCACUGCCGAGGACCAAAUCUCGAAGUAUAGAAAGACUGCCAGUAAUAAGCCCCGAUCGUGUUAGUUCAGAUCGUAACCUAGAGUCACCAGUUAUGUUUGGAAGAAACUCAAGACUUAGGAGAUCAUUUGAGGACAGGAAGCAGGGUCGGGGAAGGAAGGUAAAUCCAAUGACUGCCAGAGAAAGCUCAAACCUUACAGAUGAGGUGUUUGAAAGGUUUUCACCAGCACCAGCUUCUCCAACCCCUAGUCACCACAGACGCAGUGAGUCCGACCCCAACCGAGGGACCCCAAACCUGAUGGAACUAGCUGCAUCAUGUGAACCUUACUUACAUGGCCAGAAGAGAGGGAGAUCUUACUCUGUCAAUUCUAACCCUGCUAACGACCUUGAAGCUAACCGGUAUACACCAAAUCAACGUGAGUUCACUCCCUUUCAUAGGGAAGGAACCACAACCACUAUACAAAGGGAGGCAACUCUAAUGAGUAUCUGCUCCUACAGGACUGAUAGUAGAAUGUCAACUAACUCUAACUCUCCCAGGAUGCUUAACCUUGGUCAGAUGUUGAGUAAGACCAAAACCCCCGUGCAGCACAUGUAUGGUCCUGGUUCCAGUAAGGUCAUUCCACCAACACCAACUUUUAUUACCCAGAGGAGCGAUGGCAAAUCAGAGAAUGAGUUUUCACCGAGAUCUGAUGAAGAUUUGGAAAUAAACAGAGACCAGCCUGAGCUAGUUCGAUCAAGGACAGUAUAUAAGGAUGAGUUUAUACUAGAGGAGAGCAGGCCGAAGGACCCUUUUAUACGCACACCAUCCUCAGGAAGUGAUACUGUUUCUUCCAGCGGAAGCAGUCAUAUAUCUGGCUCUCCAAGAGAUUCCCCGUUAUCUGUGAAAGGAAAACAAUCUAGAAAAACUGAAAAAACUAAUUCAGUGAAAGCAAAACAAGUGACUGAUAAUUCAGCAAAAAUUGUUGGUUCGGUUAAAAUUGGACCAUCUAAGUUAAAUGAUAAGUUUGCAUCUAAUGCAAAUGGCGGGAAAAGUACUACCUCUGGUCAGGGUGCAGGUAGUGCUGGUUUGAAUUCAGAGGAUGAGUCAAGGGGAGGUAAUUCUGUGCCAAAACUGAAAGUCAGUAGUGCAGUGACAACAGGAAACUCAAAAUAUGGAUCUGUUUUACAUACAAUGGCUGUUAGAAAUGCAGCUGCUCAAAAUGCUACAAAAGCGAAUGGUUCAAACAAGAAUGGUGCUAAAAGCGGAGGUACAAUUACUGUACAUGGAAUUAUGGGUGAAGACAACAGUGAUACAACUGAAGCAAAUGCACCUACUGAUCAGAAUUCUAGCGAAUCUCUUGAUGAGACUGCUAGAACAGUAGAUGUAAGUGCAAAGGAGAACAGUAAUUCCAAAACUGACUCUAAAGCUGUUGUAAGUAAACCAAAUGCUCAAGUAACAAAUGCAAAGAAGAAAGCUGCACAGAAGAUGCAGAAUGUUCUGCAGGUUGUUCCUACCAAACUGACUGAAAAUAUUCUAAGAACUGCUCCAAAAAGCAAUGUUAAGGAGGAAAAAUCUGGUACUAAAACUGUCUCUGCAAAAACUAUUGAAAAACAGAACACAGCAGCAAAACAAGAAACUGUAAGUAAUGUAAAUAUGCAUUUAGCACCUUCAGCUCAAGUUCAAAACAGAGUUAUAACUCAGGAAAACAAUAAAAUAAAGAUGAAUGAGACAAAUAAUCAAGCUGGUAAGGUUGAUAGUACAGUAGAAAAGAAAACUGAUAGUUCUGAACAGACUGAAAGUAAAGCUGGUGUUAAAAGUGUAAAUACAGGUAAAAAUGAUAAAAUGCAAGUUAAGCCUUCAGAUAACCUGUCACAGACAGUUAACCAGACAGGAAAAAAUUCACAGGGUUCACAAAAUUCUUCUGCAACAAAUAAAUUUGCUAAGCAGUCAACUUCUGCUGAUAUGACAAACAGACAAGGUGCGCAGUCUCGGAAUGUCAGUUUUAAUGUUUCAAAGAGUGCAAGUGUUAAUCAGAGACAGAUGGGCAAUGUAAGGAAAACUUCUUCAAGUUACACACCUAGGUUCCAAACCAACAACACCCCUAAGCAGAAUAGUACUUUGUCAGAUAAAUUAGAAGGUAAGGAAAGACAAAAUAAUAAUUCAGACAGUUCUGCAAAAGCUUUAAUUAAAACUAAUACAAGUAUGUCUAAUAACACUCAGAAGAUUGAAAGUCAAACUGGUUCUGCAGCAACAAAAACAGCAAAUUCUAGUUCACCAACAGAAUUAGUUCCUGCAUCAGUAAACAAAUCAGCUUCUUUUUCGAAAUCUUACAACAUGGCUGGUGUUCCUAGUUCAGCGAAAUCUUCUAGUAGCAGUUCUUUAACAUCAGACUCCUCCACCACAGCAAACAAAUCUGUAAUUUCAGAUAAAACUGACAUGCCUGUGAAAAAACAUUCAGUUCUUUCAAAAUCUAUGUCUGAAACCUUGCAAAGUGCUUCUAAAGUUUCUAAUGCCAGUAUAGUAAGUAACAGUGUUUCCAAAAUGCCAAGCGUUGGAACAGUUGCCAACGAUAAAUCACAAAAUAAAGGACUACUAAGAUCUGCUUCGAUGACAACCAUUGAAGAAGCAAAAGAAAAGAAGCUGAUGUCAUCUUCUGACACUAAAAUAGAAUCUGUUUCUAAUGCCACCAAAGUCCGACCUUCAAGUGAUGGACCGCCUGGUGCUACUGAAGCUAAGGAAAAUCAUGGCAAUGUUAACGCUCCACUUGUAGAAAUCAUGCCUGAGUGUGCUCCAAGAAUAAAUAGAAAAAACUAUAUGGAUAUAAAUAACCCAGUGACAACACCUGUUAUAGUUAAUCCAUUCGAGGAGCUAGAACAAAAGAGAGCACUAACUGCUACAGAAUUUGGCUUUAUAGUUGAAAAGCCAAACAUUGAAAGGUCAAAAACUCAAGUAUCAUUAAAAGGAAAGAAUACUAAGAGUCCCAAGAAACCAGCAAGUAGCUCAAAACCAUCAUCUGCAAGUACAAGAGGAUCUAGUGGAAGGAAGAAACGAUCCCGAAGUAAAGAUGCUAACAAGUCUGAUAAUGAGUCUCGACCUAAAAGUGGAAAAUCGGGACGGAGGGUGCGAUCUGGAAAAAAGAAAAAGAAAAUUCAUGAAAAUCUUGCAAAAGAAAACGAAAAACCAGAUGUUGCCUUGAUAGGCGGUAUUGGUUGGCAGAUUGCAACUUCAUGUAUAGACAAAUCAGAAGCGGAUGCUGUUGUUGUAAGUCAAAUAGACUCUAGUGAAUCAGAAGCAGAAGAUGCUGAUGUUUUAAGACUACCCUCCCCACUGCAUAUUGCAGUGUCUGAUAAUGAAUUACACUUACCAGAUGCUAUUGACACUCCUUCUUCCAUGUACUCACCACGAUUCAGGGAAGUCAGAACUACUGUAGAAAACAGAGUAGAGGAAGACCUUCCAAUGGCUGAAAAUGAUGGAUAUAGGCCAAUGAAUCUAGACAUGACUCAGAACAGUUUGUCACAUCAGAACAGGGCUGGUGUGAUUAUCAAGCAGGAUAUGCCUGGUGAUAUUAGUGAUUUCUUAUCUAAACUCAGGGAGGAUGAAAGCGAAAUUUUUGAAGAUGACAAUGAUGAUAUUUAUGAUGAUGAAGAUGAUUAUUAUGAUGAAGAAAAUAUAGGAGAUAUGUUACAUAGAGGAGUAGUGAUUGGACAAUUAACACCAAUACCUGAAUCCCCAUCUCUGUCAAAUACACAAUCCACUUUGAAACAUGUUGCUAAAACAGUUGAUGCAAUAAAUAGGUUUGAUCAGAAUGUUAGAGAUGAAGAUCUGAGUAAAUUGUUAGGGUCCACUCCAAGGGAUAAACUUUCUAGUUCUUCAGACAAAAACAGUGCUAAUUUUAGUAGAAGUGGACCUGUUAGAAACAGUGGAGGGUCAAUAAGAUCUUCCGCCUCACAAAAAGACAGCAAACAAUCUGCCACAUGUUCUGCAAUGUCAAGAAGUUUACCAUCUAGAAAUUCUUCUUCAAAAACAAAUAUGUCUAGAAUUUCUAACCUUAGUUCUGAAAUUAGAGAAAAGGCUAGUAAGGUAUUUGGAAAUACACAAACUUCACCCAAAUCAAGUGCUACAAGAGAGUCAAAUUCAAGGAAUAAUUCAGUUCGUAAAAGUAGUUCUAACAGUUUGAGAAAAAGUACAUCAAAAGAGAAAAUUAAUACUGAUGAUGAGCAAAGUCAGGUUAAAAGUAAUGAAAAUAAGGUUGUCAACGAUUCUCCAAGGGGUGACUUUAAUUCUGAAACUAAGGAGAGAAUUGACUCAAAAAUAUUGGACCUUAAAAAAAUGCUUGCUGAGAAAAUGCAGAAAACACAAAAGUUACUAGAGGAGUCUUCUCCAUAUAAUUCAUAUAAAAAGAGAAAACAAAGUGAAACUGCUCAAGAUAAUGUAAAUGUUGAAAGUGAUACUAGUACAAAUGAUGUAAAGUUAAAUAUCAAAGACUUAACUGAAGAAAAUCUUAGAGCUUUGGAAACAAGUAGAACAGAUGAUGACAUGAAGUCAUCAAGAAGUUCAAGAAAAGAAAGACGGUUUUCGGAAACUAAGAAAGUUGAAGAUAAAGAUGAGGAUAUUAAAGAAGCUAUUGAUGAGAUAUUAAGUAACACUUUCCCAUCUUCAAGAUCAAAUAUGAAAUCAGUGAAUUCUUUCAAAAGUGGAAAUAGUACCAUAACAGAAUCAGAUAGGAAAGUUUUGAAGAAAAUGGUGCAAGAAAAUCAAGCUUCUCCUUUCCAUGCUAAACAAAGUGUAAGAGUUUCUAGUUCAUUUGAUGAGAGUGUAACACUGAAUAAAGAUAAUCCUGAAUUAAUGAAAAGGUUUACUGGAGAAAAUUAUCAAAUAGGACAGAAAGUUAAAGCUAUGAUUGAUGCAGGUGCUGAUAAAACGAAAGUAAAGGCCAUGGUUAAAGCUGACAAUGAAGCUAAACAUCUUGCUAGAAUAAUGAAUAGCUUUAGGCAAAUGGAACUAUAUGCUGGUCCACAUAGUACUAAUAACAGGUCCUCGAAGAAAGAGACUCCUAGAAGGGAUGGAGAGCAUUUGCAUAAAAGUCUUUCACGAUUUGAUAAUCCUCACCACUCACAUCAUAUGGGCAUUCCACCUCGGCCAGGAUCAGCGGGCGCUGGGAGGAUGAGACCAGGGAAGUUCACAGAGAUAAAGGGAGGUAAAUCAGCAUCACAUGUUGGAGAGCGAGCAAACAGUCCAGUAAAUGUUCCUAAGAAUCUUGCUGAUGAGUUUAAGAGAAGUCCAUUUAAAGAAGUCAGCAGUCUGCAAGAAGAAAACAUUGAUGAACUUGCUAAUGUCAUAAGAGUGACAUCUCAAAGUAGUGAGGAGGACCAUCUGAGUCUGGAAGAGGAUGAUGAGAUGGAGAGAGCUGACAGUGCUUGUACGACACUCAGUUCUCACUCUUCAAUAUUGGAGGAAACAAUACAGUGGAAGAAAGGAAAUGUGCUUGGAAAAGGAGCUUUUGGAACCGUGUGGUGUGGUUUGACAAGUGAGGGUCAACUGAUAGCUGUGAAACAGAUAGAGUUAAACACAACCAAUCAAAAUAAAGCAAAGAAGGAAUAUGAAAAGGUUCAAGAAGAAGUUGAACUUCUUAAAACACUGGAACAUAAGAAUAUUGUCGGGUACCUGGGUACGAGCCUCGAGGACAGUGUUGUCAGUAUUUUCAUGCAGUUUGUGCCUGGUGGUUCAAUUGCCAGUAUUCUAGCGAGAUUUGGUGCUCUGGAUGAAGCUGUGUUCAGAAAAUACACAAAACAGAUCCUGGAAGGAGUGGAAUACUUGCAUGCAAAUGAUGUUAUUCAUAGGGACAUCAAAGGUGGAAAUGUGAUGCUGAUGCCCAAUGGAGUAAUUAAGCUGAUUGACUUCGGCUGUGCUAAGCGACUGUGUAUAAACUUGAGUAUGGGGCAGUCCCAGAUAUUGAAGUCUAUGAAGGGAACACCAUAUUGGAUGGCACCAGAAGUUGUCAAUGAGACUGGACAUGGGAAAAAGUCAGAUAUAUGGAGUGUAGGAUGUACAGUAUUUGAGAUGGCAACCAGGAAACCACCAUGGGCUGACAUGAACCCAAUGGCGGCAAUAUUUGCUAUAGGAUCAGACAAACCGGUUCCACAGUUACCAGAGAAAUUCACAGAAGAAGCUAGGGACUUUGUUAAUUGUUGCCUUACAAAGGAUCAGACAAAGAGACUAUCAGCCACACAGCUUCUACAGACUACAUUCAUGAAAAGAAGAUCAAAGAAAAAUUCCUCCAAUUGUUGAACCUGUACCAUAAGGAAUAAGCAUAUGUCCAAUCAAAAUUCAUGGUACAGUAAAGAGAGAACCAAUCAAAACCCUUCAUACAGUUAGGAGAGAGGAGAGAGCCAAUCAAAUUUCUUGUUUCUGAAAGUGUUUGAAUGGCUCAUUACUACAAAAUUAGAAAAAUGUUACCUAAACUGACAGACUCUGUGUUGUAAGAUUAGUUGAUGUAGUGUUGGUUAUGCAGGGCCUCCUCUGCCAUUUGCCAAUGUAGCCAAAUGCUACAAAUUCAAAUAACAGGCUACAGAUUUUUGAAAGUGGAGACAAGAAUUUUAUUAAGAUGUGGCAAAAAUUCAGCACUACAGCUUCAGUUUGGCAGUUUCUCUCAAAAAGUGGCUACAACUUUCUGAGGCCCAGUGGAGGCCCUUGUUAUGACUGUAUCAGACCAGUUACUAGCUUCUACAGGAACAGGUGCUUUGCCAAAGGCUGUCAUGGUAACAUGAACUGGAAUGACUUUUUAAAAGUUAUGUGGUUAAUGCAAAUGAAGUAUUUGAGUGCAAUGGCGUGUAAGUGUAGUACCAGGAUUGUGUUUUUGGUGUACAAAGCAUUUGUUGCUAUUUUCUUUCACUGGAGGCAAUCCGUCCAGAAAAUAGUCUAGACUGUAUCACAUUAGAUGUAAUAUGUUGGACAGAACUGACAUUUAUUUAAAUGAUUAAUGAAAUCAUAAUAGACUUUUAGUGACGGGUAUAGAUAUGUAAUGAAGAGUUAAAAAUUCAGCAAGAAAAGGGCAUUUUUGAAACAUUUGGUGUUACUACUGAGUGACUUAAUGCUGUUAAAGUCCCAUAUGGUUUUAAAUUUUAUGAUAAAAACAGAUGAAGCAGCUGUCAAAAUAGAUGCACAAUUACGUGGCUAGAAAAGCACUACUUCAGUAUUGCACACAAACAUUUAAGCAUAGAGCCAUAAAGGGAGCUAAUUAAAAGCAAUGUGGUCAACAAAACUUCUUACUAUGUUAAUCAGUACAUGUAUUCAUAUUUUUAAAUAAUAUUACAGAAAAAAAUAUCGAAAAUAGAAUUUAAUAAGAAAUUAAUAUAUUUUAUGUUUGAAACAAAAAAUGUGUCAUAAACAAAGACAUUAUAAGCAUUUAACUUUGUGGCAUGUAUAUGUUUAUACAUCAGCAGGUAUCUAUUUGUAGUUAAUCAAUUCAUUAUUGUUCAUGUAAUAAUUAAGCUUGGUAGAUUAAUCUCACAUGAUCAUGCCAGCAAUUCUGUUACAUGUUUUGAUAAUCUCUUUUUAUUGUGUUCAUUUUUAACAUUUUCAUAUCAUAUGUACAUUUAUGAAAAUUCUACUGUGUAUAAUUAAUACAUUGAUAUUUUAGGUAUGUAAAUAAAAUAUAUUUAUAAGAUA